CCGUUGUGUAUCGAGGAGACACGUUUCAGUACGUGGUGCCGCGGCCUGGCUUCAGGCGAACAGGUGCUUCUGAAGUUGGCAGUGGGGAUUACGGCCGUUACAUCACAGACUCAGGAGACAAAGAUGAAGAUGGCUUUGACAUUGAUGACUCUGAUUAUGACAUCUUUAUUGAGGAGUUAAAGCCAUUCCCAGGAAUCAAUAAAGACAACAGGAAGUCCCAGCUCCGUUCACGCCCUGAUAGUCCAUCUGGCCGUAACGUUGUUUAUCGUAUGAACACCAUCGCUCCCCGCAACGUUACUGCUACGCCUGCUUCCUCCACCACCUCAUCUAUCUUCCCAGAUUUCACAGAUCUGGUUUUCUCAUCCACCUCAGAGCCCAGGACCACCAGUUACACAAAAACCACGGCCCCACUGAGCACCACCAG